AAAACAGUUGACAGAGUUACGCGAAUAGAAUUUGACGUUCUGUUUUUAAAAAUUUCAAACACCGAAAUGGCGCCGUGGUUGGAAUUACCGUAUGAAAUAAGCGACGUUUCGCCCGAAGAAAAUAAACUUAUAAUGAAGUGCCUUUUAGGUUACACCAAACCUUUCGUGAAAUGCGGGAAGAGCGGCUACGUAAUGCCAGGAGCCUUUAAAAAACACGCCGAGGAAAUAUACAACAUGGAAGUGAGACCGGACGAUGUGUGGGUGGUCACGUUCCCUAGAUCAGGGACAACAUGGACUCAAGAAAUGGUCUGGCUGCUUAAAAACGACCUAGACUACAAUCGGUCGAAGGAAAUUCCUCUGCAUGAGAGAUUCCCUAUGUUGGAAUUGACUUCAAAAAUACCUGAAUUGGCUUAUAACUUCAUCAAAGUAAACUUCAUGAACAUAGGAAACUUCCAAGGCUUGGAUAAAGCCGCCAAAACGCCCAGCUGGGAGCUUCUAAGGGACGCUCCAUCCCCCCGUUUCAUCAAAACACAUUUACCUCUAUCUCUCCUGCCCCCCAAGCUUCUAAAGACUGCCAAGGUGAUCUACGUGGCCAGGGACCCACGGGACGUUGCUGUUUCAUACUAUUACUUACAUAAGUUAACGAUGAAGGGUAUGAUAAGGACAUCGUUCGAAACUUUUUGGGAGACGUAUAAAAGGGAUUUGUUGCCAUGGACACCAAUUAUAGCGCACACAAAUGAAGCCUGGAUGAAAAGACAUGAACCGAAUCUCCAUUUUGUAUUUUAUGAAGAUAUGAUUAAGGAUCUGAAAAAAGAAGUCCAUAGGAUAAGCAAGUUCCUAGGAACAACCCAAUACUCGGACAAGGAGCUCGAAGACCUCAGCAGUUACCUCAGCUUCGACAGCCUUAAGAAGAACAAGUCAGUCAACAACACGGUCAAUGGAAAUGGAGUACAAUUUAUGCGAAAAGGGGAGGCGGGUGGCUGGAGAUCGCACUUCGACGCCAAAAUGGAAGUAGACGCAGAAGAAUUCAUGGCAUCCAGGCUACAGGGUCUAGAUCUCAAAUACCCCUCUUUUACCCCAAACAAGGAAUGUUCUUAUUUAUGAACAUCCGUGUGAAUGUAGAAUAAUUUCUA